AUGAUGAAUGGUAAUGACUUAAGCGCUGUUAACCUCAAUUACGAGAACCACGGCAACCUGGAACAACCAGACAAGUCCUCAGAAGUGAUAUCAGACUUUUACGAAGACUCAGUCGUCAUGGUAACGGGAGGUACUGGUUUCGUUGGCAAGGCUCUCUUGGAAAAGCUGCUGCGGAGUUGUCCAGGAAUAAAGACUAUAUACGUUCUGAUGCGACCAAAAAGAGGGUUGACAGUAGACCAAAGGUAUAAGGAGCUCCUAAAGAAUCAGGUCUUUGAUCGUAUCAGAGCUCGUUGGCCUGAACGUCUCGGCAAGCUGUAUCCAAUCACAGGCGACGUAUCAGCUCCAAACCUUGGAGUCAGUCAAGAGCAAAGGGAACUGCUUGGAAAAGUGACCACGUUAUUUCAUUCAGCUGCCACUGUCAGAUUUACAGAACCACUGCAUGCAGCCACCGUCUUAAAUGUUCAGGGAACGGCAAGUUUGCUAAAAUUAGCCGAAGAUAUGCCCAAGUUGAAGGCUUUGGUCCACGUGUCAACAGCGUAUAGUAACGCCACCAAGCCUCAUAUUGAAGAACGAGUUUAUCCUCCACCGUAUGACCCUGACAGUAUCGUGCGCUGCACCAAGAUGCUGCCAGCAGAGACUGUUGAAAUUAUUUCUGAGACACUACAGGGUGACCACCCGAACCCGUACACACUGACCAAGGCGCUGGCUGAAGCCAUAGUUUAUAACCACACUAAUCUACCAGUGUGCAUCGUCAGACCUUCGAUAGUUACGGCGGCCAUAGCAGAACCUUUCCCUGGAUGGAUCGACAAUAUUUAUGGAGUUACAGGUAUAAUUAUGGAGAUAUCUCGAGGAACUUACAGAUCAGGCUACUGUAAGGAAAGAUACGUCGUGGAUUUAGUACCGGUGGACAUCGUCGUCAACUCUUGUAUCCUGGCGGCGUGGAGACAGGGGAUCAAACAGCCGGGUCGCUGUCCUGUUUACAAUGUGACCUCAGGAUCCAUCAAUCCCAUCCAGUGGGGACAGUUCACCAAACUCUGCGUCAAAUGGGCUUUAGAGAACCCUACCAAAUAUGUGAUGUGGUAUCCCAACUUCUCGGUUACCGAAUCCCGUUUCCUGAACACCUUCUGGGAGAUUACCUGUCAUUUCUUACCUGCUUUCUUAUACGAUUUACUGUUAAGGGCACAGGGAAGGAAGGCGAUAAUGAUGAAACUCGCACGACGCUUCAAAAUGGCUGCGGCUACUGGUGAAUACUUCGCCAACAACGAAUGGCAAUUCGGCAUUUCUGAGCUGACCGCCCUCUAUUCAGACGCAUGUAUUGCCAGAGACUCUAGCUCGUUCCCCCAUUGGCCAGCAAACUUUGAUUGGGAUACAUACAUUGGAGCUUAUAUGUUAGGAAUUAGAAGAUACAUUUUAAAGGAUACCACCGAAUCUUUGCCUUUUGCCAGAACGAAGUUGAAAAGAUUGUACUGGAUACACAAACUAUUUCAAGCGGCCACAGGAUAUUAUUUAUUUAGGGUCAUAGCGGGACGUCUACGGUAG